CAAACUUUUAGUCAAUUGAUUAUUAUUUUAAAUUAAUUUAGCAUAAAAAAACAAAUAAAAAAUCGCCGAUCGAGGAGCAAAGAUAUUAGCCGGAUCCAACGACUGACGUCGCGAGUCCGUAAUAUUUAUAUAUCCGUAAAUUAACUUUUAAAGAAAAAAUAGGAAAAAAGAAGUAAAGCGUGCCAAUCCAAAAUCCAACGGUUCAGAUAAAAGCUCAUACCGUAGCGCUAGAUCCAUGGCAGAAACAGCGUAGCAAAAUCCUUUCUCUCGUCUUUUGUCUUCUUCCAUUCAUUUUUUUUUUAAUUUUCCUAAUCCAACUAACCGAAAACCAAACUCUCUCUUUCUCUCUCUUCUCGGAGGGAGUGCCGGAAUCAAGCCUCAGGGGAUCGGAGUAUUGCCGGAAUUAUACAAUUUCGGUUGCUUCUGUCGUCUUCCCUGCAAGUCACUGCUGGUUUAAAUUCACGACGCGUCGUGUGAGAGGAAGGAGAAUUUGAACACCACCGAUUCACUUUUUUUUUUUUUUUAUAGAAUUAUAUAUUCUCUGCUGGUUAUGAUUGGAUAGAAAGAAACAAAAAGGAAAGGAAGAUACAAUAGAAGAAGAAUUUUCCUGCUCUCUCUCUCUGCUCCUUUGUUUUCCCUCGGGGACGUGAAGCCUGGAGAAGAAACUUUACGAGAUCCGUUCAGUAAUUUUAGCUGUCCUUUUCUUCUUUUGGGAAAUCUGCUUCGAUUUGUUUGGGAGAGAAGAAGCAGAAUUGUGUAAUUUGUUCAAUGCCGUCUGAUAUAUUGGAACCCAGAGGUGUACCGACACCUUCCCAUUUUCAUGAAGACCUUCGCAUCACUCCAGAGAAACAACAGUUUGGGUUCAUGAAAACCAACCCAAUGCCAGAAGGCGGCGGUGAUAGAUUUUCAAAUGUACCGAAUAGUUCUUGGACAUCCGAAAGUUACCAGCUGUCGCAACAACCAAGCAUGUCUCGGGCGCUUCCCUCUGCCAUUCCUAAUGGAAGGACAGCUACAAGUGAUUCUCACUGGGAGAGCAGUCUGUUUUCCAGCUCUCUGUCGGAACUCUUUAGCAGACAAUUACGGCUACCAAGAAGUGAUAAGUUAGGCUUUAUGUCUACAAACCGCGAGGAAGAGCCUUCUGAGUCUUUAGAAGAGAUUGAGGCACAAACCAUUGGAAACCUUCUUCCUGACGAGGAUGAUCUUUUUGCAGAAGUGGUUGGCCAUAAGUCUCGUGCCAAUGUAGGAGAUGAUUUGGAUGAUUGUGACCUAUUCAGCAGUGUUGGUGGCAUGGAAUUAGAUGGAGAUGUUUUCUCGUCUGUGGGUCAAAGAGACGGCAAGAGAGGCAGCAAUGUUUCGGUUGUUGGUGAGCCUCCUCGAGGAGAAAUUUCAUCCAGAAUACUUUUUGUUAGGAAUAUGGAUAGCUUUAUUGAAGAUUACGAGCUGAAGGUCCUUUUUGAGCAAUACGGAGAUGUCCGGGCUCUUCAUACAGCUGCCAAGAAUCGCGGCUUUAUCAUGGUAUCAUACUAUGAUAUGAGGGCUGCUCAGAAUGCGAUGAAAGCACUCCACGGUAGGCUCGUAAGGGGAAAGAAGCUUGAUAUUCAGUAUCCUAUCCCGAAGGAAAAUUUUAAAAAGGAUAACACCAGCGAAGGAGCCUUGUUGGUUAAUAACCUUGACACUUCUAGAUCCAAUGAAGAGCUUCACAGAAUAGUCAGUUCAUAUGGAGAAGUCAGAGAGGUGCGGAUGCAUGAGAACUCACAGGUAUACAUAGAGUUCUUUGAUGUUCGAGCCGCAGAGGCCGCUCUGCGAGGAGUAAAUGGGCUUGAGAUUGCAGGAAGACAGCUUAAAGUUGCGCCAGCCUGUCCAGAGGGUGCAAGUUUCACCCCACAGUUCGCUGCAGAUGAUGGUGAUGGGUGUCUACCUAAGAUGGCUUUUAAUAAUCUAUCAUCUACACACAUAGGGAGACAAUUCCCAGGAAUAUUAGCUUCGAGCUCCGUUGAUGUUGGAUCUAUGCGUGUUAUGCAAAAUUCUGUUGGGUCACCAGCGAGCUCCUUCAUUGAACGUCAUCAGAGUCUCGAUGGUUUGCCACCAUCAGCAAGGGUCAUCUCAGCUAGCAAGCCUGUUGGUCUUCAGGAUCCUGGGAUCCAAAGCAUGCCAAAUCUUCAUCCUCAUUCUUUUCCUGAUUACCUUGACAACUUUGCAAGUGGUAGUCCAUAUAAAUCCUCUGCGACGUUCUCUGAAAUGGUUAGUGAUGGCCACAAGGCAAAUGAAGGCUUUAUGAUGAGCAAUGUUCGUGGAGCCGGGAUAGACGGUUUUAAUGGAGGUGUCAUAGGAUCUCCCAUAAAUCAAGGAUCCCUUCGCGCUAACCUCAACUUAUGGAGCAACUCUAACACUCAGCAACAUAAUCCGUCAAGUGGCAUGAUGUGGCCUAACUCACCAUCUCGCGUCAACGGCAUUCCUUCUCAGCGCAUCCCACCCGUUACUGCAUUCUCUAGAGCAUCUCCUCUAAUGGUGAACAUGGCAUCAUCGCCUGUGCACCACCACAUUGGAUCUGCCCCGGUCUUAAACUCGCCUUUUUGGGAUAGAAGACAGGCCUAUGUAGCCGAAUCUCCAGAGUCUUCUGGAUUUCACGUAGGUUCUCAUGGUAGCAUGGGAUAUCCUGGCUCUUCUCCCUCGCAUCCAAUGGAGAUUGGUUCCCACAAGGUUUUUUCUCAUGUUGGUGGGAACCGCAUGGAUGCCAAUUCAAAAAAUGCUGUCCUACGAUCAUCACGACACCUCUUUUCUGGAAGGAGCCCAAUGCUUUCAGUGCCAGGCUCAUUUGACUUGCCUAAUGAACGAUACAGGAAUCUCUCUCACAGAAGAAGUGAUUCAGGCUCUAGUAAUGCUGAAAAGAAACUGUAUGAGCUUGACGUUGAUCGCAUAUUACGCGGGGAGGACAGCAGAACUACAUUGAUGAUUAAAAACAUUCCAAAUAAGUAUACUUCUAAGAUGCUUCUAGCUGCCAUUGAUGAGUACUGUAAAGGAACAUAUGAUUUCCUAUAUUUGCCAAUUGACUUCAAGAACAAGUGCAAUGUCGGAUAUGCUUUCAUCAACCUUAUUGAACCUGAAAAUAUUGUCCCCUUUUAUAAGGCAUUCAACGGUAAGAAAUGGGAAAAGUUCAACAGCGAGAAGGUGGCAUCUCUUGCAUAUGGUCGGAUUCAGGGGAAAUCAGCUCUUAUUGCCCAUUUCCAGAACUCAAGUUUGAUGAACGAAGACAAACGUUGCAGGCCUAUACUCUUCCACACCGCUGGUCCAAAUGCUGGUGAUCAGGAACCAUUUCCAAUGGGUUCGAACAUCCGGUCAAGACCAGGCAAGCCUCGAACAAGUAGCAUGGAGAACUACACCAACCUUAGCAGCAGCUAUGAAAACCGAGAGGAGUCUCCAAAUGGGACGGACUCGAUCUAACCAAUGAGAGAGCCAGACAGUUUUCACGUCUUAAGCCAGACUAACUUUAGGCGUCUUCUUCUAUCAGAGGUAAAAAAAGAAAAGAGACCCAAAAGAUUAACGAGGUGAUAUAUAUAUCUUUGACACCCCCACAGCUCUGUAAAUCCUUGGGGUGGUAAGUUUUUACUUGGAAAAACUCAUUUUGCAGUGGAGGCAAGUUUUUUGAACUUGGUUCUCUAAACUUGUUCAGGUUGCUUCACAAGUUUUGUUGUACCAUCAGAUACCCCCAGAGAAAUCUUGCUGGCCUUUUUUUUUUUUUGUUUUUCGAAUUUUUAUUAUUUUUAACAUUUUUGCUUUUUGAGAAGAAAAAAAAAAUUGUUGGGUUGUGUCUGUCUACGAGAAUCUUUCUUUGUACUUGCUUACAAAAUGUAACAACAACCUCAGUACGAUGUGUUGAGUUUCUUUUGCCAACGUUUUGGGACCAUUAUCAUAUUUAUGUAAACCCUUGAGGGCGACGUUUUUGUGGCAAUGCUUUCUUCUUCAAUUAUGUAAACCCUUGAGAGAAACUGGCUCUGACACCAUAAUAGAUCUCCUAACUCUAAAAUCUGGAUAGAGUCCG